AUGCCAGCGAACAUCGGAGGAAACAAGGCGACCGUACUCAAACAUAACGCUAGCCACAAUGGAGGUCUCUGCGACGUCAUGAUGCGUCGUUUCAUCCAAGCGAACGGAUUCGAGACGUUCACCAUACAAGAACUCGACAUCCUCUUGAGGGAUGCACUCAGAUGUGUCAAGACUGGAAAAGAUGACGAGAGGAACUACCUCCGUGACCUGAGAGCAGCCCGCGACCGAAAGACAAAGGAGCGUCUAGACGAAUUGGAGAGAUUGAACCGCGGCUUCAGGAGGACCCGCCGAAUUGAUGAAAGGAUCGAGACAUUGACAAAUGGAACCCCGGAUUCAAGCGAUGACGAAGGUGAGGAUGUCGGCUCAAGCGGGGAGGACGACGGCGACGACGACGACGAGUAUGUCCCGCUACCCGUACACCAGGACGAAGAAUAUCUGGCGGAAUACGUACCGCCGGCCAUCCGACAACCUCCAGCGGGUUCACCGGUCUCGUCGGGUAACGCUGUACCGCGGUUCAUCCGUGAUCAGGUAGAGGCGGGUACUGUUGUGCAGAAUCAGGUCCCGGAUGUGAUGGCUGCCUACGUAGAUAUGAUCACGCAGACUCAAAAGACUUUCGCCGAAAGUAUUCAGAACCAACUGAAAAGAUUUGGCGAUGAUAUCGAGGAAAGGCUGCCAAAGAAGGCUCGUCGCGGAUCCAGGGGCAAAGCGCCGGUGGUGGAAAAUCAGCCUACCGCGGAAACCGUCGAAGAUGCCGAAGAAAUCGAAGAUGUGGAAAAAACUGCCGGUCCGAGUUCCGGUUAA